CUCUCUUCUUUCAGGCUGAGAUGAGGAUGCCGGGGGUGGGGGUUUGGGCCCCUCUCCCCUCGCGUCCACGAUUCAGACUCCAGCUCCUCCUCUGGUGCAUCGUUUGCAUCAGUGCUUGGGAACACUUGUCCGCUGCUCCUCCCCACAGCGCAUUCACGGACUCCACUCCAGCGGCCGAUGACAGACCGACGCUCAAGAGGGAAAAUGGUCUGUUUGUAACACGCCCGAAGUUGGAAUCAACGUAGAAUGGAGACGCGCCCCGGUCACUGCCUUUUGAUCAUUUUCUCUGAGUGGAUUUGGCUCUUCACCUUAACUUCCAUCCUGGGCGGAACACAAGCGGAGCUAAGGUGCAUUCCUUCGUGCCGGCUGCCGCUCACUAAAGCUUCCCCUCGGGGACGCUCCGAGCUGGAUUUGACUAAUUCUAUCGAGGCGCCGGGUGAAGAUUUGGUUGGAUUCGCGGAUUGGUCGCCCGGCGCCGAUUCCGACCACCGCGCAGGCGGAAAGCACAACGUUGCAGAAUCAACGGCGAGCGAACAAAGUUCGUCCAAAGUGCACACGCGGCUGGAGGGAAACGAGCCAAGCGGGGAGGACGCGUCGAACGGUCAGCAAAAACUUUCCGACCCGAGAGUGUUUCCUGGAGGCGUUUCAACCGCGGCUGACCCCCCUCCCAGUGACGACGAAAAGGGCAACGAUGAAGCCAAAGAGGAAAACGGGUCGCCGGUUGAUGUGACAGAGUCCCCGGACGAGGGCGCGGAUGCGGCCACUUGGAGACGAACGCGGAGUGCGAGGAGCGCAGAGACCUGGUCCGGAUUCAGACCCGAGGACGGGGAGGACGCUUCGUUUUCGGACCAGGAGGAGUUUGAGCUCCCGAGUUCCACAUUUGCACUCAGCGGGGACACGGCUCACAACCAGGCGAUGGUGCACUGGUCCGGACAGAACAGCAGCGUGAUCCUCAUGCUGACAAAGUACUAUGACUUCAACUCUGGCAGAGUAACGGAGAGCUCUUUAUGGAGGUCAACUGAUUAUGGGACCACUUAUGAGAAGCUUAAUGAGAAAGUCGGGCCAAAAACCAUCCUGAGCUACUUGUACGUGAGUCCGAACAACAAGAGGAAGAUCAUGUUACUCACCGACCCGGAGGUGGAGAGCAGCCUGCUCAUUAGCCUUGACGAGGGGGCAACCUAUGAGAAACACGGCUUAGCCUUUGAUAUCCUCAGCCUGCUUUUUCACCCCGAGCAGGAGGACUGGAUCCUGGCUUACGGCCACGACCAAAAGCUCUAUGUCUCUGUUGAAUUCGGGAGGAGAUGGCAGCUUGUGCAAGACGGCGUCAUUCCCAACAGAUUCUACUGGUCCAGAUUGGGUUUAGACAAAGAGCAAGGAAUGAUUCAUCUGGAGAUCAGCGUCUCUGAUGGACGGUCACAGUACAUCACUUGUAAACUUCAGAAUUGCUCUGAUGGAAACAAGGGCAAGCCUUUCCCUGGAUUUAUCAUCCCUAAUUCCCUGGUGGUUCAGGAUGAAUACGUUUUCAUCCAGGUGCCAGUAGGUGGUCAGUCUGUCCAUUAUGUUUCCUAUAAAAGAAAUGCUUUUUACCAAAUGAAGCUUCCCAAGUACACUCUGCCAAAGGACCUGCAGAUAAUUAGCACCGACGACAACCAGGUGGUGGCAGCGAUUCAGGACUGGCACCAGAAUGACUCCUACAACCUGUACAUGUCCGAGUCCAGAGGGCUCUUCUUCACACUGAUGCUGGAGAACGCUGUGAGCAGCGGAGGACCGGAGGGCAACAUCAUGAUAGACCUCUACGAGGUUGCAGGGAUUAAAGGGGUGUUCCUGUCAAAUAAAGUUGUUGAGAACCAAGUGAAAACUUAUAUCACCUACAACAAGGGGAGAGACUGGCGUCUUCUUCACGCUCCAACAACCGAUCUCCAGGGAAACAAGGUCUAUUGUGAACAACCUUACUGUUCGUUACAUCUGCACCUUCACGUGUCAGAGAAUCCUUACACCUCGGGAAACAUUGUCAGCAAAGACUCGGCUCCAGGAAUCAUCAUAGCUUCAGGUGUGGUUGGACCUGAGCUGACCACUAGCAACGUCAGUAUUUUCAUCACGUCCGACGCUGGAAACAGCUGGAGAGAGGUUUUUCAGGAGGAGUACAGCGUGUUUUUCCUGAAUCAAGGAGGAUCUCUGGUGGCCAUCCGACACACACCUCUGCCAAUUAGACACAUUUGGCUGAGUUUUGAUGAGGGCAGAAACUGGGACAAAUACAGCUUCACCUCCUCUCCGCUGUAUGUCGACGGGGUGCUGGGCGAGCCCGGAGAGGACACCCUCAUAAUGACGAUAUUCGGCCAUUUCAGUCAUCGAUCUGAGUGGCAACUCAUCAAAACUGACUUCAGAUCCAUUUUUCAACAACGAUGCACAUCUGAGGAUUACAUGACAUGGCAGUUACACAACGAGGGUGAAGUGUGCAUCAUGGGAAUGAAGAGAAUCUUCCAAAAACCAAAAGCAAACGUUCGAUGUGUCACCGCCAGAAAUCAGUAUAUUUCCCAGAUGUCAAAUUCCUGCCCGUGUACAGAGGCGGACUUUGAGUGCGACUAUGGCUUUGAGAGGCAGAUUGACCGCAGCUGCGCUCCGUCUUUCUGGUUCGUUCCCACAGCAACAUCCAGGGACUGCAUCAGCGGGGACACCUUCCUCAACACCACCGGGUACCGCCGGGCUUUCUCCAACAACUGCACGGAUGGGACGCUGUUGAAGUACAGCCCCACGCGACAAAAGUGUGCCAGCCGGGCCCCCAGGGGCCUCCAGCUCUUCACCAGCGAGGGAACACUGGUGGCAACCCUGGAUAGGAAUGUCACUUUCUUGGUCUUUCUGGAGGAGGGCCUUGGCUCCACGACGAGCAUAACGGUGGACUUUGGCGACGGCACAGCGAUAUCGUACGUCAACAUUAGCUCCAUCGAUGACGGCGUCAAGCACAUCUACAGCAGAGUUGGCAUUUACCAGGUUUCUGCUACAGCCACCAACACGCUGGGCUUCGACAGGGUGAUCCUCCACCUGCACGUCUCCUGUCGACUCGAGCAGGUCCAGCUCUCGGCCCCGUCGGUGGUCGUAAAGAACCGAGCAGUAAACCUCACCACGGCGUUACGGCCCGGCAACGUGGGAACGGUCAGCUAUUACUGGUGGUUUGAUAACAAAACGGAGCCUGUUGUGACUCUGGACGGAGCGACGUCCUUCACUUUCUCCGAGGCGGGACGCCACACCGUCACCGUUCAGGCCUCGGUUGGCAACACCGUCCAUCAGGACCAAAUGACUGUGGCUGUUUAUGAUUAUUUUCGUUCGCACGUUUUGGGCUUUUCUUCUAAUUUGGACGAGCAGAACCCCGGGGUGUCUGAGUGGAGAGAGGACAUCAGCAGAGUGGUGAAGAGAAACAUGGUUCGGGUCACAGGGAUAAAUGAGGAGCAACUCCUGGUCACGGUGAUCCCAGGUUUACCAACAACAGCAGAGAUCUUCAUUGUUCCUGAAAAGAAGCCAAGAGGCGGGGGGAUGGAUGAAAAGUGGGCGCACCUGGAUCAGCUUUCUCAGGUUCUGCUAAGUGCUUUGAACCAGGACCUCAUCCAGUUCACACUCAAACCGGGGGUGCAGGUGAACGUGUACGCCACGCAGCUGUCUCCGGCUCCUCUCGUGGACAGCAGCGACGGUGGCCACAGUGGAACUGCAGUCAUCAUGCUUGUGUCAGUCGUGCUGAUGGGCUUGGCUGUCUUUGUAAUAUACAAAUUUAAAAGGAAGAUCCCGGGCAUCAACACAUACACAGCAGAGCAGCCUGACAAAGAACAAGAGGUCAUCCCGACAGUGACCUCCAUAGACAUCCCAAACCCCGAGGGGGACCAGCUGACCUCGCUGGAUCACGUGGACGUACAGUUGGACUCAAGGGGCCGAGGCUACCUGCCAUCUCACACAGACAUCAUGCUCUCUGAUGAAGCGCCCCAUGUGUUUUAAUGUUGAGAGUCUAUGACCAACUCGAAAGCAAUACAUCUUCUUUGGCAGUUACUUCCAGCGAGCCACGGAGCCACGGUCACAAUGAAUGCUCUCGAGUGUUUUGCUACCCAUGCAUGGACGGACCAGUUCACACUGUGCUGCCUAAUCCCUCUGAGGAGACUGUACAGAUUUAUACUUGCUUCUCGAAAAGGGACACUUUUUGACCGAAAAAAAAAAAAAAAAAAAAAAAAACUUGUAUUUUCCGCAAGGGGACGAUGAUCUUUUUAUGUAAAUAAUGUACACCCGUAAUGGGAGAAGUAAAAGUUAUUUGUCUCAGCUGGUCACAGCUGCGUCUGCCCAAAUAUGAAAAAAUAACACAGCGGGGCAGAAGUGAUGUAUAAUAUUAUCUCAAAAUAUGUUUCUAUUUCUGUUCUCUGGGCUUGUGUUUGUGAAGUCUACUUUAACUGUGUGGGAAUAGUUUAUCUGAUUAAGACACUUAGAGGAGCAGAUUCAUUAAGCUCUGUACAAUCACUGAAUCGUAUCACCAGAUUCUCAUCAAAUGAAAGCUUGCAAUAUCCAGGAGACGAGGGAUGGCUCCUUGUCCCAGACCCGUGUUUUCCAUCAAGCUCAAAAUGUUGUAUAUGUCAUAACAGAAAUAUAACAGCAGAAUGAAGGGCAAUAUACUGGACCGGUAUAUAAAGUAGACGGGAAACUGAGUAAUCCCUCUGGAGACUGAAAUAAGUAAUGUGGUGACAUGAAUCAACAAUGAUGAAUGUUAAACCUACAUUACACACAUUAUACACACAUUUAUAUAUCUGAAUCAUGGAUAUGAAUUAUUUGGGCAGCUGCAAUCUUACAUUUGAUUGUUUUAAAAUCAAUGUGACUGUUAAACGACGCAAUGGCUUAAACGUGUGCUUUCAUAUUUAUUUGUUGCCCAGAGCAUUUGUUGUACAUUCUGAUGUCUAUAAAUAGAGCAAAUGUAAAUCUUCAGAAUGUGGACAAAGACGCUAUGGUUACAGCCCCAAACACAUACUGUGAUGUAGUAAGUGCUAGAUCUGUAUUUGAAUUAAUUACCUAUUUGUUUCGGGUUUCAUCAGCUUUGUUUGUUUGUGAGAUAUUCUACUAAUAAAGUAGUUAAAAGAC